GCCCGCCCUACUCCUUCCCUUUUCCGCUACAGGAAACUAACGUGCCUAAGGUGCUCGGUUCUUCACCAGAAGCUAAGGCCCACAAUCCGGCGACUAGCACCGUCAAAUUUAGGCAUCCACCGCAACAAAGAUCAAAUCUAACAUCUAAAAUGGCCUCCGUAUCCGAGCUUGCCUGCAUUUACUCCGCUCUGAUCCUCCACGACGAUGAAGUUACCGUCACCGAGGACAAGCUGAAUGCUCUGAUCAAGGCUGCUGGAGUCACAGUGGAGCCUUUCUGGCCAAGUCUGUUUGCCAAGGCUCUGUCCAGCGUAGACAUCGGCAGCCUGAUCUGCAACGUUGGAGCUGGAGGCGGAGCUCCGGCUGGUGCCCCUGCUGCUGCUGGAGCAGCUGCCAGUGCUGGAGAUGCCCCAGCCAAGGAAGAGGAGAAGAAGAAGGAAGAGAAGAAAGAGGAGUCCGAGGAGUCUGAUGAUGACAUGGGCUUCGGUCUUUUUGAUUAAAAGAUGUUUUUGUAAGGAAACACAAUAAAAAGUAAAAGACU